AUGGGCUUGAGAACAGGAUUCUGCUGUGCUCUGCUACUGGUGACGCUGCUGCCUCUUUCAGCUAAUGGGUCCAGCAAACUCUACAUCGUGUAUAUGGGGGACAAGAAACAUGACGAUCCAUCCAUGGUCACCUCGUCGCACCAUGACCUACUAACCUCCCUUCAUGGGAGCAAGGAUGAAGCCUUGAAGUCGAUAGUUUACAGCUACAAGCACGGAUUUUCAGGUUUCGCCGCAAUGCUCACUGAAUCUCAAGCUGAGGCACUAGCAAAGUUCCCUGAUGUUGUGAGUGUGAAGCCUAAUACCUUUCACAAACUACACACAACUCGAAGCUGGGACUUCCUUGGCCUUGAAUAUAAUCAACCACCACAGCAACCAGGCUUCCUCCAAAAAGCAAAAUACGGUGAAGAUGUAAUCAUCGGCGUGAUCGAUUCAGGCAUAUGGCCAGAAUCACGAAGCUUUGACGACAACGGUUAUGGCCCCGUGCCAGCACGGUGGAAAGGGAAAUGCCAGACGGGCCAGGAUUUCAACACCACAAGUUGCAACCGGAAGAUCAUCGGCGCACGGUGGUAUGGCCGUGGCAUCAAGGUGCUCAAGAGCGACUAUAAAUCACCUAGGGACCAAAGCGGACACGGCACACAUGUCGCCUCGACGAUCGCAGGCGUGGAGGUGCAAGGCGUGAGCUACGGGGGCUUAGGCACCGGCAUGGCACGUGGUGGGGCGCCGCAUGCGCGGCUUGGUAUCUACAAGGUGUGCUGGUUGGGUGCAAGUUGCCCUGACGCAGCGAUCCUUGCGGCCAUCGACGAUGCCAUACAUGACGGCGUGGACGUCCUGUCAAUCUCGAUAGGAGGGGCCGGUCUUGAGUUCUACUUUACGUUGCAUGCUGUGCAGAGAGGGAUCUCUAUUGUGUUCGCCGCUGGGAACGAUGGGCCCGUGCCGCAGACGUUGUCAAACUCUGUACCGUGGGUCACGACAGUGGCCGCUAGCACGAUUGACCGGGCUUUCCCCACCCUGAUAUCGCUCGGGAACAAAGAAAAACUCGUGGGGCAAUCUCUUCCCAACAAUACAUCUGUGAUCAGCAACGACUUUAAGGACCUUGUAGAUGGCGGGAGCUGCGACGCAGAAUCAGUGGCGUCGAUCAACGUCACUGGCAAAAUUAUCCUGUGCUAUGCACCAGCUGAUGCGAAAGACAUGCCGCCCACGGAAGCACUUCCCAAGGCCAUAAAGCUUGCCAUCAAGGCUCGCGCGAAUGGUCUUAUCUUCGCACAGUACACUAUCAACCUCCUUGAAAUCCUGGGCUUGUGCGAUGGCAUUAUGCCCUGCGUAGUGGUGGAUUUUGAGAUUGCACAAAGAAUCUCAUCGAGUCCGGUGAUGAAGGUCUUGCCUACGGCAACGGUUGUUGGAAAUGGGGUGCUGUCACCGAGGGUUGCCUCAUUCUCGUCGAGAGGGCCAAGCACUCUCUUCCCCGGCAUACUCAAACCUGACGUGACUGCACCCGGUGUCAGCAUCUUGGCAGCCCAGCGCGGCUCCUACGUGUUCAUGUCCGGCACAUCCAUGGCGUGUCCCCAUGUCUCAGCGGUCACAGCGCUGCUCAAGUCGGUUCACCCUGAUUGGUCACCUGCUAUGAUCAAGUCUGCCAUUGUCACCACAGCCUCCGUGACCGAUCGUUUUGGUAUGCCAGUCCAAGCGGAUGGGGUUCCGAGAAAACUAGCUGAUCCGUUCGACUUUGGCGGUGGCCACAUGAACCCGGACAAGGCUGUUGACCCGGGCUUGGUUUACGACAUGGAUGGGAUGGAAUACAACGACCUCUUUAAUUGCUUCAUGGGGUUGUUAAAUGACUGCGAGUCCUACCAACUGGCUCUUAAUCUCCCAUCGAUCGCGGUGCCGAACCUCAAGAACCAGGUCACUGUGUGGCGCACAAUCACGAACGUGGGGCCAGUCGAAGCAACCUACCAAGCAGAUGUUGAAGCUCCCGCAGGGGUAGAUGUUUCCGUGGAGCCAUCGGUUAUCAGUUUCACUGCGGGUGGUGAAAAAAGCGUGGCAUUUAAGAUAACGUUUACGGCGAAGCAGAGAGUGCAAGGUGGGUACACAUUUGGAAGUUUGACAUGGUCCGACCAAAGUGCGCACUCGGUGAGAAUUCCUAUUGCUGUACGGACUGUGAUAGAAGACUUCGUCGCCGAUACAUCUUAA